AUGUCUCUGCUUCAGAUCUAUCCCGACUUGAAUAGUUCUCCUGAUCUGCGAAUUGUGUCUCCGGUAGUGGAGAAGGUAGACAUUAUCGUCGUUCCUGGACAAUAUUCAGCCCGAAAGUCGUUGACUGGUUUGGGCAACCGGGACCACCUUACCAAAGCCUUCGUUGAUGACCUUCUCCCUUCAGACUUCCCGCAUUCGAGAAUACUCUUCUUCGACUAUGAUCCUCAUUCGGCUUUUCGGUCUGGUUUCACAGAGAACAGACUGCAAGUUGUUACCCUACAUCUCCUACAACAUGCUGUCAAGCUGAGGAAGAGAGAUCCUCUGCGGCCUAUCAUCUUUAUCGCACACGGUGUGGGUGGAAUACUUGUCAAGAAUGCCUUGCUGCGCGCAGCGUUAGAUUCGAGGUUUAAGACGAUUAGAAGGGCUACGAAAGGGAUCGCCUUCUUUGGGACACCUCACAGGGCAAGAUCGCUCGACGCAAGCUUAGAAACCCUCGUAUCGGACUUCGCGUCACAGCUAUGGAUUUCGGACUCCUGCCAGACCAAAACUUCCCGUAAAGCCCCCUACUUCGUGAGAACAUCAUCAUCUUUCUCGGCGCUCCUCUCCGCCGAGAGAUUCCACGAUGAAUGGCUCUCGAGAUACUCCCGCCGGCUCAGGUUUCUCUCGUUUUAUGGAAAAAUACCAUCUUUGGCCGUACCCGGUCAAAGUGCCACUCUCGGUCUACCCCAAGAACAAGAAGCAAUAAUCGCUUUGCCUUCAUCACAGCAAGACUUCUGGGCCUUUGAAGGUUCGACUGAUCCAAACUAUUGCAUCUUCCGCAACAAGUUAGCGUGGCUUUUGGGAUGGAUCGCGCAGUCAGUGAGGACCUCCAGCUCAUACGAUCGCCAGAUCCUAUCCGAUACAGUCUCGAGUUUCAAGACCUGA